AUGGGAAGGAUUCCAUUAUGCAGUGCAGAUGGUUUGAAGAGAGGAGCCUGGACAGCUGAAGAAGACCAGAAGCUGAUAGCUUACAUACAAAAACACGGUGAAGGAGGUUGGCGUUCCCUGCCCAAGAAAGCUGGUCUUCGAAGAUGUGGGAAGAGCUGUAGACUGAGAUGGGUAAAUUGUCUGAAACCUGGUGUUAAGAGAGGAGACUUCACCUCGGAUGAAGCUCAAACCAUCAUUGAACUUCAUGCUGCAUUAGGCAACAGGUGA